UGUUUCAGCCUUGGCCGGAGCUGCCUGAGCCCCCCCCCGGGGACGGGAGGCUGCCUCUGGCCGGGGCUCAGCGGGAGGCUUUCUGGGCCAGCCAUUUCUGAUCCAAGCCGGCGUUAAGUUCUGUCUGGAAGGCAGAGCGAAGCCGUUCCACCUCCGCUCGGCGCCGGACGGCAGCAGCAUGGCGCUCCGGGGAGCCUGCCUGCUCCUCUGCCUCCUCUCCCUCACCCAGGUCUCCGGCCAGCAAAACGGCAAAGUCCGGCCAAAACCGGCAGCUUCCAAGAAAGAUGGUGUGAACCUCAAAAUGAUCGAAGACCUGAAGGCCAUGAUUGACAACAUCUCGCAGGAGGUUGCUCUACUGAAGGAAAAGCAAGCACUCCAGACAGUUUGCCUGAAAGGCACCAAAAUUCACCUAAAAUGCUUUCUCGCGUUUUCGGAGAGGAAGACGUACCACGAGGCCAGCGAAAACUGCAUCUCGCAGGGCGGCACGCUCAGCACCCCCCAGGGCGGGGAGGAGAACGAUGCCCUCUACGACUACAUGCGCAAGAGCAUCGGCUCCGAGGCGGAGAUAUGGCUGGGCCUCAACGACAUGGCGGCGGAGGGCAAGUGGGUCGACAUGACGGGCGGCCCCGUCCGCUACAAGAACUGGGAGACUGAAAUCACUACCCAGCCCGACGGCGGCAAGCUGGAAAACUGCGCAGCCUUGUCGGGGGCCGCCGUCGGCAAGUGGUUCGACAAGAAGUGCAAAGACCAGCUGCCCUACGUCUGCCAGUUCAUGAUCGUGUAGCGGCGGCGGUGGGGGUCCCCCCCCCCUCCGCCCGCAGCCCGGGUCUUCCCCCUUUGGCAGCAGGAUUAUAAAGCUAUAGGUAUGUGUAUGUGCACAUGUACGUACGCAUGCACGCGCGCACACGUUCAAGUAGCGUCACUCUUCGCAAAGAAAGUCGUCACGGCUCGGUAUCGGAUUAGAGAGCGUUAGAGCAUUUCGUUUGGCCACAUCCAGCCCCAUUAGCAGCUGCAUUGUUCCUACCAAGGCACGAUUCAUAGAUAUAUUUUUUUACACAGGGAAUUUAUUAGGACGGCUCAGUUGUUUUGGCAAAGAACCAGUGCAGCAGUCCAGCCUGGCAAACAGCCACCUCGGUUGCCCGGGGCUGUCGCUCUGCAACGUCCUUUCCCAUCUUGCUGAGUUUUGUUGGGACACCAGCAUAGCUAGUUCCCACUUUCUUCUCCUGUUUCUCUUCCCAGUAAGCCCUGAUAGUGAGGGACACGGGACUGAGCUUCUCGUGCCUCACAGCUCCCCCGUUCAGGCUCCUGGGGAUCGAGGUCCUGCCUCGACGAGCAGAGGCAGUUGCUCCUGCUUUGCAUUGAGAGACACAGUUGGGCUUAUUGGCUGAGGACCUGCUGCUCAAUGGGUUGUCCAGCUCAUCCAACCAUGUGCAUGAAUGAACUAGGAAGUUACAGGCAUGGGUUGACGUACUGGGAAGGAGGGAGCCCUUUCCAGAAGCAUGCCCUGUUUUGUUGGUCCUUUUCUCAUCAAUCAGAAGCCAGUUUCAAUGAUUUCAGCGGGUCUAGCUCUCCCACUGCCAGAUCUUUUUUUUUUUUUUUUUUUUUUUUUUU